AUGGACAAAAGUUGGAUGAAUGACCCCGAUAGGCUCGUAUCACCUGCAUACGCCGAAGGCGUUAAAUAUUUCCUCGCACAAGCACGAAACCAUGCAAGUGGAAGGGAUCGCAUCCGGUGUCCAUGUCGUGCAUGCCUUAACAAUCUGUGGCUGCCUAUAUUUGAGGUGGAAACUCAUUUGUUUAUGAAAGGGAUCAACCCAAAUUACACGCAGUGGAUAUUUCAUGGGGAGGAGGAUACAACAUGGAACAUGAGUGAUGAAGAUAUUGAUGAUGAUAUCAACCAAGAAGACGAUUACAUAGAUGACAUGCAGGAUAUGUUGGAUGACAUCCGGGCAGGCACCUUCGAUGAUGCGCCCCAAGAUAGCACUCCUGCGGCAAACAGGCCACGAGAGACGGUAGAUUCAUUAUCUUUCCAGCAACUACUAGAGGAUGCCCGACGUCCGUUAUUUGAUGGGUGUACAAAAUUUUCAAAACUGUCAUUCGUGGUCAAGUUGUUACACAUCAAAUCAAUCGGUGGGUGGUCAAUUAAGUCAUUUGACAUUCUACUUGAUUUGUUGAGGUCUGCCUUUCCUGAUGCCCUAUUGCCACAAUCAUAUGAGGAGUCAAGGUCGUUGGAGCGCGGUUUGGGCUUCAAAUACCACAAAAUCCAUGCGUGCCCCAACGACUGCAUCUUAUUUUGGAAGGAAAAUGCAGCUCUUAAUGAAUGCCCUGUAUGUAAGGCUUCGAGGUGGAUACCAAAUACACACGAACAGCGCGCGGUACCUCAAAAAGUGUUGCGUCACUUUCCUUUGAAACCGAGAUUGCAGCGUCUCUUCAUGUCUGCAAAGAUAGCAGGUGAUAUGCGAUGGCACAAAGAGCAACAGACGAAAGAAGAUAGUUGUAUGAGACAUCCGGCCGACUCUGAGUGCUGGAAGAAAUUUGAUGAAGAUCAUGACUGGUUCGCUUUAGAUCCUCGCAAUGUUAGGCUCGGUCUGGCAAGUGAUGGCUUCACUCCAUUCAACAACUUGGCUAAACCUCAUAGCAUUUGGCCAGUGAUCCUUGUCCCCUAUAACUUGCCGCCGUGGUCAUGCAUGAAAGACCAAUUGUUCAUAACAUCUCUGAUUAUUCCUGGCCCAAGGUCACCAGGGAAUGAGAUUGAUGUAUACUUGCAGCCGUUGAUCGAUGAACUGCUUGAAUUUUGGGUAGAUGGGGUACCUACAUAUGAUGCCUCAACUAAGGAGACGUUUAUGUUGCAUGCUGCCUUAUUGUGGACAAUCAACGAUUUUCCUGCCUACGGGAAUCUGUCUGGCUGGUCAACAAAGGGAAAAUUGGCUUGUCCAUCUUGCAAUGCAGACACAGACUCUAAUUGGUUGAAAUAUGGCCGAAAACAUUGUUACAUGGGACAUCGUCGUUUCUUACCCCCAGAUCACAUAUGGAGAAGGAAUAAAUGGUUGUUCAACAGUAGAGAAGAUCAUCGCAUGCCACCAAGGGAAUUUGGUCCUGAAGAGAUUCAAAUUCAAUUGCAGAUGAUUGGGGAUGUUCAGUUUGGCAAAUCUCAUAGGAAGAAAAAACGCACUGCUGAAGAGCUGAACUGGACAAAGUGUAGCAUAUUCUUCGUGUUACCUUAUUGGUCAACACUUCGACUUUGGCAUAAUUUAGAUGUUAUGCAUAUUGAGAAGAAUAUUGCCGACAACAUCUUAUUCACUUUAAUGAACAGUCCAGGGAAAAGUAAGGAUAACAUCAAUUCAAGGCGUGACUUAGAGCUUUUGGGCUAUAGAAAAGAAUUACACUUGAUAUGGCAUGGUGAUCGUGUAACAAUGCCACAUGCACAAUACACAUUAAACGUCGAGCAAAGGAAUAAAUUUUGUAAGUGGUUGUCUGAUAUCAAAUUUCCAGAUGGGUUCGCUUCCAAUAUCUCGAACUGUGUAUCUCGACGUGACUGCAAAAUCUCAGGGUUGAAAAGCCAUGACUGUCACGUUUUCCUUCAAAGACUACUCCCUAUUGCUGCUGGGGGGUAUUUAAGAAGUGACAUUGGCUUGGCUUUGACUGAACUUGGUACUUUCUUCAAAGAGUUGUGCGCUCGAACACUCGAUGUCAACCGCCUGGCCCAACUCCAAACUGAUGUUGUCACCAUUCUAUGCAAACUGGAGAUGAUAUUCCCUCCUUCCUUUUUUGAUGUUAUGGUCCACCUAGCUGUCCAUUUACCCCGUGAGGCCAGACUUGGGGGUCCAAUCCAGGAACAUCGUACCUCGUAUACACUUGAUGUGUCCCCUGAUCUGUACGCGUUAGCUUGCGGGCCUGACCGUUGGGUUGCAACAUAUGCUGCUUGCAUAAUACAUGGAAAAAGGUUUCAUACGAAACAGCGUGAAUUUCGCCGUCGUACACAAAAUUCUGGAGUGGUGGUAACUGGUGAUGAGGCCACAAAUAAUUUGGACUUCUAUGGAGUUAUUAAUAAUAUUGUAGAGUUACGCUACAUGGAGUGGCGUCGGGUUGUACCUGUUUGA